AACAGUGUUCUUAGAGGCAGCCACACCUCAGCAAGUUCUUUCUAACUUGGGACAGCGAAGUUCAAAGGAACUAACAGACACAAACGGUUCAGAAAGAGUCCUGAACCGACAUAGCAGGUGACUCUUUACAGCACAAUUGCCCUCUGAAUCUACUUGAUACAUGGCACAGGACUUAAAGGAGGAAAAAAAGGAAAUGGACCAUCUCCUGGAACACCUGGAAUGUGAUCCAAGCCUGGAGACAAAAUGAUGGGUUGCAGCUAGAAGACAAUAAAACUAGCAAUGGAGCCUUUAUAUGAGGAAUACCUAGCAAAUCGUGGAACAAUAGUAAAACCAUAUUACUGGCUAAGCUUCUCUCUAGAUUGCUGUAAUUGUCCUUACCACAUUCGGACAGGUGAAGAAGCAAGAGUUCCCUACUCAGAAUUUCAUCAGAUUUUUGGAUUCCCUUAUGGGCCAACGUAUCCUCAAACAAAACACCUCACAUUUUAUGAACUAAAAACUUCUCCUGGAAGCCUGCUGCAAAAGGGCCAUGCUAGCAGUUGCACUGGGAAUAACACCCAUCCAGAAUCAAUGCUAUUCGAGAUGAAUGGUUAUUUAGACUCGGGCAUACACAAUAACUACAGCAUCAGGCAUAUCAUUCUGUAUUCCAACAACUCGCCUUGUAAUGAAGCUGACCACUGUUGCAUCAGCAAAAUGUACAAUUUCCUGAUAAGGUAUCCGGACGUCACUCUCAGUAUUUACUUCUCUCAGCUCUAUCAUACUGAGACUGACUUUCCUGCCUCUGCGUGGAACCGCGAAGCUCUCCGGAGCCUGGCCAGCUUAUGGCCACAGGUCACUUUGAGCCCAAUAAGUGGUGGGAUGUGGCACUCCCUCCUCAACAACUUUGUGAGUGGUGUCUCAGGACCAACUGUUUUCCAGCCCAUUUUACCAGGGAGAGCACUGGCUGACCGGCACAAUGCAUGUGAAAUCAAUGCCAUAACAGGAGUGAAACCUUAUUUCACUGAUGUUCUUCCCCAGACAAAAGAGAUUCAGGACAUAGAAGCUUUAGAGAGCUACCCCUUAAACAAUGUCUUUCCCGGACAGUCUUUUAAAGUGACAAGUGGACAACUGCAACCCAACGUGACCCCAGAUCUUAGGGUGCCUGUCAUUUUUGUGCUGGUGCCUUACAGAGACCUACCACCAAUCCAUGUGGAUCAAAACCCACAGAAACCCAGGAACAUCGUAAGGCAUUUAAAUACGCCUCAAAUGUCAUUCCAGGAAACCAAGGACCUCGGAAGGCCUCCCAUUGGAAGGCCUGCGGAAAGAGUGGAAAUCACAGAACAGUUUGCAAGUAGCAAAGAGGCAGAAGAAAAGAAGAAGAAGAAAGGGAAAAAAUAAAAUCUACAUUCCUACAACAUGACACCAAACAACUACCAGAGGACUUAUUAGAUAGCCAACAAAAAUCUGGAAACUUUCUCUCUUAAGACUGAUCCUAGAUAGAGAUAAAUUGAUAGACUAAGAGCAAAACCUGAAUUACUUACAACAACUAUUAUAAAGCUAUACUAUUUUUAACAUAACCCAAAAUGUUUCCAUAAGAAACUUCAUCUCUCCCCUUUAUUUUGAAAGUGACAGUAUCAAAAUGGAGCCAUUAGUACCUUGCUAAUAUCUCGGUGUGGAAAAGGAAUGUCAUUAUUCUAGUCUACCCACAUCAUCUUUCCACUAAAAAAGCCCAUAUACAAAAUAGCUUCCUACAUUGGUUUCAGUAUAAAAGUUUACUGUAAAAUUGGAAAACAGCCUGAAGUUACUGACAUUAAGUGCUGCUUGCAAAAGCAAACCAGUGAUUUUUCCAUUAACUGUUAAUCAUGGACAGAAGAUUUUAGGCAGCCCAUUUUUUUUAAAAGUGGUUCAAAAUAGUGUUGUGUGGGGAAAAAGCUCUUCUGCCAAUUGAUUAGAUAUAGCUACAAAAAUUGAUUUUUGAAACCUAGCCACCUGCUCAGUUUGACGUUUCCCAGCUCAGACCUCUCCCUCCUGAGCAGCUGAUGGAGGCAGGAUGACACAUGAAAAUCUCCAAAGGCUCCUUCCAUCACACCCCAUAUAAAAUGCAAGCCAUUCUUACUGGCUUUCAAGGAUCCUCCUCUAUCUUUCUGUUGCCCUGUCUCAUCAGCAAGAUUGUAAGUUCCUAUAGGUCAAGCACUGUCUCUCUCCCCUCUUUGGUUUUCCCUUAGGAUCUAGCAGAGUGUCCAGGCAAGAUGUGGGUAGCAAGGCUGUAAUACCACAUCUUAAUAACUUCACCAAUCACUAUUCCCCCAACAUCCUUUCUCCAUUCCAGCCAAGUGCCUGCUUAACCAUCUUGCAAAGGACACCUUUUUUUUUGUCAGCAUCCAUCCCCCCUUCUUCUUAUAUAGCUCCCCAAAGCAUAGUUUCUAUGUUUUACUUUCUUUUUUCCUGACUCCUUCUUUUUCAUCAGUGCAUAUCUAUAACUUCUCUUAAAAUCUUGUUCAAAGAACACUUCUAGGAAGUGCUCCUUGACUAACCCUCUGAGCAUGUACAUUAAAGCACUUUGCUUAUGUUUAAUUAAUUCACAUUUGCUGCCUCACUUCUCUUCUGGAAAUAUGUAAAGAUGCAUUAAAAGAAAAAUGUACAUUCAUUUGUAACUUGCUACUAAAUUUUUUCUUAAUGUAUGUAAAAAGUAAUGCUAAGC